GAGUCUGGCGGUGGUCGGGCCCUAAGGAGCGUGCGGCGGCGCCCGCAGAGGACGCUGCUUUCCGCGCAGGACGGACCGACCGAGGGAGGGCGCGAGGGAAAGCCGGAAGGAAGACGAGGCGACGGCGCCAGCCUUCCUCGGGGGAGGCGGAGGCGAUACCCCGGCCCUGGCCGCGGCGGGAGGGCCACGCCCCCGCCGCCGCGCCCGAGGGGCCCAGUGUUUUCGGGGCCGCCGGCCGCACCGGAUCCCGAUCCCUGGAACCUGGGGACACGGUUUCUCCAGAGGAUCCACAAAACAUAGGAUGUCACCACAAAAUCUACCUCGUGUGUUACUCUCUUUAACUCAUGAGCUGCACAACAAUUGUAAAUUUGAGCAAGACGUCUGCAGACUGUUGGAAAACUGAAGAACCUAAUUAACACAGGAUGACCUAGGAGUGAUUCUAAGCCUAUAACAAGAAACUAUUCAUUAGUGAAUGUGUCAGUCUUGAUUCUGAAUGCUACAGAUAACAGCAAGCAGAGUUUCUCCUUUCUUUAUUUCUGAAGCAUUCACUUGACCUUCCAUCAGUAAGACUGACUUUUCCAAUCUGUUCCGGGAGAUAUUAAUGGAAUACAGUCAUGUCCACUCAAGACGAGAGGCAGAUCAAUACUGAAUAUGCUGUGUCCUUGUUGGAACAGUUAAAACUGUUUUAUGAACAGCAGUUGUUUACUGACAUAGUGUUAAUUGUUGAGGGCACUGAAUUCCCUUGUCAUAAGAUGGUUCUUGCAACAUGUAGCUCUUAUUUUAGGGCCAUGUUCAUGAGUGGACUCAGUGAAAGCAAACAGACACACGUGCACCUGAGGAAUGUGGAUGCAGCCACCUUACAGAUAAUAAUAGCAUACGCAUACACGGGUAACUUGGCAAUAAAUGACAGCACUGUCGAACAGCUUUAUGAAACCGCUUGCUUCCUGCAGGUAGAAGAUGUAUUACAGCGUUGUCGAGAAUACUUAAUUAAGAAAAUCAAUGCAGAGAAUUGUGUGCGAUUGUUGAGUUUUGCUGAUCUGUUCAGUUGUGAAGAAUUAAAGCAAAGUGCUAAAAGAAUGGUAGAGCACAAGUUCACUGCUGUGUAUCACCAGGAAGCGUUCAUGCAGCUGUCACAUGACCUACUGAUAGACAUCCUCAGUAGUGACAAUUUAAAUGUUGAAAAGGAGGAGACAGUUCGAGAAGCUGCUAUGCUGUGGCUAGAGUACAACACAGAAUCACGAUCCCAGUAUUUGUCUUCAGUUCUUAGCCAAAUCAGAAUUGAUGCACUUUCAGAAGUAACGCAGAGAGCUUGGUUCCAAGGCCUCCCACCCAAUGACAAGUCUGUAGUGGUUCAAGGUCUGUAUAAGUCUAUGCCCAAGUUUUUCAAACCAAGACUUGGAAUGACUAAAGAGGAGAUGAUGAUUUUCAUUGAGGCAUCUUCAGAAAAUCCUUGUAGUCUUUACUCUUCUGUCUGUUACAGCCCCCAAGCAGAAAAAGUUUACAAGCUGUGCAGCCCACCAGCUGAUUUGCAGAAGGUUGGGACUGUUGUAACUCCUGAUAAUGACAUCUAUAUAGCAGGUGGUCAAGUUCCUCUGAAAAACACAAAAACAAAUCACAGUAAAACAAGCAAACUUCAGACUGCCUUCAGAACUGUGAAUUGCUUUUAUUGGUUUGAUGCACAGCAAAAUACCUGGUUUCCAAAGACCCCAAUGCUUUUUGUCCGCAUAAAGCCAUCUUUGGUUUGCUGUGAAGGCUAUAUCUAUGCAAUUGGAGGAGACAGUGUAGGUGGAGAACUUAAUCGGAGGACCGUGGAACGAUAUGAUACUGAGAAGGAUGAGUGGACAAUGGUAAGCCCUUUGCCUUGUGCUUGGCAGUGGAGCGCAGCAGUUGUGGUUCAUGACUGCAUUUAUGUGAUGACACUGAACCUCAUGUACUGUUAUUUUCCAAGGUCUGAUUCAUGGGUGGAAAUGGCCAUGAGACAGACUACCAGGUCUUUUGCUUCAGCUGCAGCUUUUGGUGAUAAAAUUUUCUAUAUUGGAGGGUUGCACAUUGCUACCAAUUCUGGCAUAAGACUCCCCUCUGGCACUGUCGAUGGGUCUUCAGUAACUGUGGAAAUUUACGAUGUGAAUAAAAACGAGUGGAAAAUGGCAGCCAACAUCCCUGCUAAGAGGUACUCAGACCCCUGCGUUAGAGCUGUUGUGAUCUCAAAUUCUCUUUGUGUGUUCAUGCGAGAAACCCACUUAAAUGAGAGAGCUAAGUACGUCACCUACCAGUAUGAUCUGGAACUUGACCGGUGGUCUCUGCGGCAGCAUAUAUCUGAACGGGUACUGUGGGACUUAGGGAGAGAUUUCCGGUGCACUGUGGGGAAACUUUAUCCAUCCUGCCUUGAAGAAUCUCCAUGGAAACCACCAACUUACCUUUUUUCACCGGAUGGGACAGAGGAGUUUGAACUGGAUGGAGAGAUGGUUGCACUACCACCUGUAUAGUUGGGGAGUUUAGGGAGUGCACGCCUGAUUUAUGUGCUUUGUCGUUUUCUUUGCUAAACAAGAGAGGCUAUGAAAGGACUAAAUAUGAGUACAUAAAAAUCUAUCUUUGAUAAAUUUUAUUUUUAUGCCCUACUUAAUAUUUGCAUCAGUAUAAUAUAUAUCAGUGAGUCUUACAGAAAGAUAUGCUUCCAUAAUAUGAAAUAGAUUAUCCAAUAACUGAGAAACUUUUACAUGUAUCAUGAGAGCAUAAGAAUCUGGAUUAUCUAACAUCGUUAGCCCUGUGUUAUGUACAGUUCAAAAAGUUCACUUACUAGUUUCCUGUUCCUAGUGUGGUAUAUCACAGAUUGUGCUGAGGUUAUUUUUAGUAUAUGUAUUUCAUUCCCGUGCUUCUAUUCUGAAGUCCUGAAAUACAGCUGUUUUUUCAGUGUAAUUGAUUCAGCUGCACUUAACACUAGUGUCCAUGUUGGUAUAGAAGUGUUGUCUAAAUCCUAUACUAUAGUUGAGGAAGAUCUUCCAUUUCAUGGUAUUGCACAGGGAGAGCUAUGACUGCAGGAUCAGUCUAACUAUACUAUUAGGUGCAUGUACUCUCUUUUCACUAACUUAUACUUGUCUAUCUAGAAUACAGGUCUUCCAAUCAGCUGGUCAUUUACCAGGUGUGGACUUAAGUUGCUGGGCUUGCAAUAAGAAUUGCUAGUCCCUUGUUGUGCGGGUCUGUGUGGAGCUUUUAAUCAAUAAAUGCCUCCACUCUCUGUAUUACAUUAACAUUGGCUCAUGCGUAUAACUACCUGCUGCUGUUGUAUUUCUCCAUCUUAAAGAUUUAGAGUGGGUUAACCAGGUCAUUACAUCUUAAUUUAAUAACAAGCAUUACUGUAGAGUGAUUGUGUAUAGAUAUCCAUUAGCUGUCAGGGUGUGUUUUUUUUUUAACCUGUCAUGUGUGUGGGGGGGGUGGGGUAGGAUUAGAAAGGUGAACUGUUCAGGAAUUCUCUGCACUAGCUGUGCAGAAGAGCAGAUAACUAGUGCUGCUCUGGCAUUAAUCCCAGGAACCACUAGCAGUAGCGGGGGCGCCGCCAACCUAACAUGAGCACAGGUGCUUCAUGACGACAUCACUAGCAUGUUCAACUGCAUCAUGUUCUGGCACUGUAUUUUGAAUGACAUUAAUUUAUUAAAUAAAUUGUAUAUAUACGAUA